UUAUUAUUACUCCUAUAAUAAUAGUUUCCAAAUUUGUAACCCAAUUCCUUCCUAAAACUACAAUUUAAAACGAGUAAAUAAAAUAUUCUCCGAUUCUUUGUAAAAUAAAAUCUUCAAUUUACACGUUAUUGUUAUUAUUAUUGUUUACCCGUUAUAUACUCUCUAUAAAUUAUAAAAUAUAAAAUCCCCAAUUUUGCCAAGCCAUAAUAAUUAACCUUUUUCUCCCACCAUGAAUAUUAAUAAUAAUACCAACGCCGUCAACUCCGCCGCCAACUCCGCCGCCGUCGCCGUUAAGAAAACUCAAGGGCGGAGGAAAAUUGCAAUUAAACCAAUAGUAAAUCAAAACAGUAGGCACGUUACCUUUAGCAAACGCCGUUUAGGUCUCUUCAAAAAAGCUAGUGAACUUUGCAUCUUAACCGGUGCUGAAAUCGCUAUUAUGGUUCAGUCGCUAAAACGACAGCGUUUAUUCACUUUUGGUCAUCCCAGCGCCGACACCGUCAUUGACCGGUACCUCACCGGUAAAUCAGAAGAAGAAGGAGUGAAAUCCGCCGGCGAUGAUCAGUUGAACUAUGUGCAACAGAGCAAUGAAUAUUAUUCUCAGAUCUGUAGAGAAUUGGAAGCGGAGAAGAAGGUAAAGAAGGAGAUUGUUAUUGAUGAAUCAAAGAUGGUGAAUGGUGGUAGUAAUAAUGGAGGAGGAGGAUUUUGGUGGAAUGAAUCGACUGAUGAUAUGGGAAUUGAAGAACUUGAGAAAUUUAUGUGUGCAUUGGAAGAAUUGAAGAAGAAAGUAAAUAUGAGAUGUGAUGAAUUGAGUAUGAUAAAUGGUUCUUCUUCAAUGGCGGCGUCUACUUCAAGUAUGAAUCAAGCUAUUGAUUAUUGUGCUUCUAUUGUUCCUUUUGAUUUCAAUUACCCAGCAGGAAAUGCCCAAUUCUGAAGCAUUUAUUGGACUACUUAGGUUUAAACUACUGAUUAGUUAUUAAUUAAUCAAACAAUU